AUGGGGGGGGGGAUGAGCGGAUGGAGGGGAUGGGGGGGAUGGAGGGGGGAGAAGAAGGAUAAUGAAAGGCAAUGGGAUGGAGGGGGUAAUGAUUGGGAUUGGGAUGGCGAGGGAAUUAAAAUGGGAGAGGAGGGAUAUAUGAUAGGGAUGGGGGCGAUGAGGCAAUGAUUGGGAUUGAGAUGGGGAAUGAAAGGAAAUGGAGAGGGUCGAGGGGAGAGGGGAGAGGAAUGAUAAGGAAAGUGGAUUUCGAUUUUUUAAAGAGGAGGGAGUGGGGAAUAAGGGUGAAUGAAGAAUAGGGAUGAAGGUAAGUGAAGGUAAAGGGAAGAAAAGAAAGAGAUGUUGAGAGAAAAAACCGAGACCGAGAGAGAGAAACCAAUUC